AUGCUUCUCCAGUAUCACCUCAACCAACAGGGAGAUUGUGUCUAUACGGUGAAGAAAUUUGAUCCUAUGGGACAACAGACUUGCUCUGCCCAUCCUGCUAGGUUCUCCCCUGACGACAAACACUCAAGACACCAAAUCAUCAUCAAGAAACGCUUCAAGGUGCUCAUGACCCAGCAACCGCAUCUUGUUAUUAAAGAUAAAAUGACUUAA